CCCCCAUGCUUGUUGUUUGGAAUCUGACUUUAGCACAGCCUCACUCUCGGUUCUAAAAAUAGCCGAUAGACAGGCAGCCCGUCCCAAUGACUUGGCUAAUGUUUUUCACCAUGCUGCCCACUCCAUGUUGAUCCGACCAUCCGCUUAGCUACAAACAGCUUUUAUUUACUGGAAAAGGAUGAGCCAUUAUUUCCAUUCUCUACUCCUGUGGUAAGCUCAGUCUUAUAUCGUCCCUACUUUAAGCUGAUUUGACCCACAUUUUGAACCGCAGUUGACCAUGGUGCGCAAUGUGGAUGACCUGGACUUCUGCCUGCCCUCCCAUCCACAGAGCAUUCUGGAGGGCUUGCGCUCCUUCUGCUCUGACCCCAAACUGGUGGAUGUAACACUGAGCGCAGGAGGUCGGGACUUCCCCUGUCACCGUGGCGUGUUGGCGCUCUGCAGCACGUACUUCCACAGCAUGUUCUCAGGGGACUUUGUGGAGAGCAUAGCUGCGCGUGUCGAACUUCAUGAUGUCGAUCCUGAUAUACUCAGCUGCUUGCUGGACUUUGCAUACACAGGCAAACUGACCAUCAACCAGAGCAACGUGGAGGGGCUGAUCUGCAACUCCAGCCAACUGCAGUUCCAGACGGUGAGAGGCGUGUGCAGCCGGUACCUUCAGCAUCAGAUUGAUGCCACCAACUGUCUGGGAAUCCUGGAGUUUGGAGAUAUCCAUGGCUGCCCCGAGGUGAUGGCCAAAGCGUGGGCCUUUCUCUUGGAGAACUUUGAAGCUGUGCAACAAUGUGAGGAGUUUCUCCUGUUGGCAAAGGAGAGGUUGGUUGCCUGCCUGUCCGACGAAGGACUACAAAUCCGGACAGAGUGCACCCGUGUGGAGGCCAUUCUGAAAUGGGCCAGGCACCACAAGGAGUCCCGGCUCUCCGACCUCCCUGAACUCCUCACUCUGUCCCGUCUCCCGCUGCUCAGCCUGGACUACCUGACAGACACCCUGCUGAAGGACAGUCUGGUGCAGGGCUCCCCCAGCUGCAGAGAGGCUGUGGAAAAAGUCCAAAGAGAGAAAAUGGAUUUGGCACCAGAACACACAGACAGUCUCAGUUCUAGGAGUCCACAACCAAACCUGCAAGAGGUGCUGCUGGUGAUGGGAGGUCGUUCUCUGGAUGACUCGGAUGAUGAGGAGGACUCAGAUGAUGAGGAAAGAGACCCGAGACUGCAAAGAUUACUGCCCAGGAAUUUUGCUUUCUACAACACAAAGACAAAGCAGUGGCAUGAGCUCCCUCAUUUUCCUAAUCCUAACAAGUGGGGUUACGCCAUGGUCUCCUUAAACAAUAAUGUGUACGUCACAGGGGGCUCGCGUGGUUCGAAUACCAACACCUGGUCGACCACAGAGACCUGGAAGUUCAUCACAAAAGAGGGGAGGUGGGUUACUGUGGCUCCCAUGCUCCGGCCUCGGACUAACCACACUUCUGCAACACUCAACGGGGAGAUUUACGUCAUUGGAGGUACAACUUCAAAUAGGGUUGAGGUUGAGCAUUACGACCCUUACAACGACACCUGGGCAUUGACCUGCCCCGCCCUGAAAUAUGUGACUAACUUCACUGCCACGGCGUGUCAUGGGAAGCUCUACGUGAUUGGCUCCUGUGCUAUGAAAUAUAACGCUUUGGCCAUGCAGUGUUACAACCCUGUUAUAGAUAGCUGGACCACCAUAUGUUCGCCCUUCAUCCCUAAGUAUUUGUCCUCUCCUCGCUCUGUCUGUAUGGAUGGAACUAUUUAUCUGGUUGCUGACAACACUAAGAAAGUCUACUCUUAUGAUCCAGAGGCGAACAUGUGGCAGAAGAUCCAGCUUCUCCACAUGCUCCAUGAAAAUGGCGGCCUGGUGACACUGGAUGGGAGGCUUUUUGUCACUGGAGGCCAUUGGAAAGGGAUGGAGGGGGACUAUGGGGUGGAAGUUGAGGUUUACAACCGAACAACCGACACCUGGGAGGUGGAGAGCUACCUGCCGAGACUUUGGUUCUACAGUGGAGUCUGCACCACCUUCCUUGAUCCGUCCCAGUGGACUGAGCUUUUCAGCAUAGACUCAACAUAAUGGCCUCCUCUCCUGAUGGGACAAAAACCCCAGGUUGAGGAGUUCACGGACACACAGACCUGUUCAUAUCUAUAUGACGAUGCAAAUUGAAUGUUUAUCCCAGGAUGUCAUUGUGCCUGAGAAUAGGUGCUACAUGAUCCUCAGGUAUUCUGGGUUGUUUUUAUGGCCUUGCUUGGCUGCUCAGCAGGUGUUUAUUUAUACUUUGUAGGCCUAUCAUGUUUUUGAGUUGUUGAAUGGUGUUCUUCAACCACAACAUCUUUGCAGAGUGAGUAUUAUUAUUAUUUGUUGUAGAUCAUGGGUUUGCAACUAAUUAUCAAUAAAAUGUGUUGCAUAAAA